ACACGUGGGGGGGGAGGGGGUUGAGGCGCGGGUGGAGGUUGCUGCCGCUGCGAUGAUCCGGGUCGGGCUCAACUUCGGCCUCCGGCUCCGUGGCGGCGCUGCCGCGCGGGCUUUGUCCAUGUCCUCUGGCCAGACAGGGCCUUUGGGGACCUCCACAACCCCCGCAAGCCUGGUGAAUGUGGCAGCCCAGGCAGAGAAGCCACCCCCUGUGAUCCUGGAGACUCCGAUCCUGCGGGAGUGUCCUAUUGCUAUCCCUGCGCACCGCACACCUGUGCAGGCCUGGGUGGAGUCCCUGCGGCACUACGAUGACCAACCUGUGGGCCUGGCUGAUCUGCACCCUGAUGUCUUCGCUGUGAUGCCUAGGGUGGACAUCCUGCACACGGUGGCCAUUUGGCAGAAGAACUUCAAGAGAAUCAGUUACGCCAAGGUUAAGACGCGGGCGGAGGUGAGGGGUGGUGGCAAGAAGCCCUGGAAACAGAAAGGUAGUGGCCGGGCCCGGCAUGGCAGCAUCCGUUCGCCUCUCUGGCGUGGUGGUGGUGUUGUGCACGGCCCCCGAGGUCCCACCAGCUACUACUACAUGCUGCCCAUGAAGGUGCGGGUGUCAGGCCUCAAGGUGGCGCUGACGACCAAGCUGAUGCAGGACAACCUGCACAUUGUGGACAACUUGGAACUGCCGACACCUGACUCGCAGUACCUGGCCAACCUGGCCCAGUACCGGCGCUGGGGCCAGUCUGUGCUUAUUGUGGAUGUCAACGAGAUGCCUGAAAAUAUCACGCGGGCAGUGGCUGGCCUGAAGUCCAUCACCCUGGUGCCAGGGCUAGGCCUCAAUGUGCACAGCAUGCUGAAGCAUGAGACGCUGGUGCUCACACUGGACACAGUGGCCUUCCUGGAGGAGAAGUUGCUCUGGCACGAUGUGCGCUACACAGCUCUGUACCCCUUCCGCCUGCCCUACUGUGACUUCCCUUAGCUGCCAGGCUGCGGGGCUGGAGAGAGCUGGACUGCAUUGGAUGUACCAGAGCAUAUGAAGGACUUUGGGGCAGUGACUCACUGCUCUGCUCUCCCUGCAUAAGGGGGCCUGUGGGGCUGGUUUGGGCCCAGGGGGCAUGGGGGGGGGUGUGCUGCAGCCCCUGUCCAACUUCCCCUGGAGCAGGGAGGUGAAAGGAGCCAUUAAUUAAAGCUGCCCUUGUCUCUA